UUAGCUGGUGAUCCAGUUUCUCUCCAAGGUGUUCAGUGGGGUUGAGAUCAGGGUUCUGUGCAGGACGUUCAAGGUUUUGGCGCAUCGUCAUGCAAGAACAUACGUUUUAUUAUAUACCACGUGCUUCCAAUUUGCAGUGCGGUGACGCUUCAGAGGGUCUGAUGGUCAGGUGUUUACAUAUUAUGGGAAAUUUUGUUAGGGCUCCAAAAUGCAUUUUUGAGAGCUCUUCAGCAGGAGGUUGGAUGAAGCAGGGUUGAGACUGUAGUUGUAUGCAGUGCUCGGUGGAUGGCAGCACAGCUCAGCAUUGUUCCGCUCCUGUUUAUGGUGCACCUCCCAGGUCUCGCCCAUUCUGCGCGCUCCCGUGCGAUCGUGCGCGUUCACGGUACGCAGCCGGUCACCAUGGUUAGUGGGAAACACACACACACACGCACACGCACAUACAACAGUGUGUCACUUUUGUAAGCAACUGAAUUAAGCGUGCGCGCACACACACACACGCACGCGCGCUGUUUGACGCUUUCGCGGAACAGAACCGAAACCCGACCCACGGGUGGAUCUUUUCUCUUUCUCCCCUUGGAGGCGUCGUGAAAUCCGCGGAUCGUGGGCACGGUGUAGUCGGGAGGGAAAUGCAUUUAAUGCUUUGUGCAAAAAGAAGAAUAAGCGCACCGGGAUUUUUUCCACGCGUUAAUUUGGACAGGUAAAGGUGUGCCACUGUGGGCUUUCUUUUUUUGCAGGGGGGUUUUUGCUUCCUUCUUUGUCGGAUCGAGAGACUGAGACACAGAGAGAGGCCCGGGGGGGCGCAGCAGGCCGUGUCCCGGGGAAGGAGCCUCCACACGGGCUGACACGCACGGACACACCGCGCUGAUUCCCGGAAAUUCUUUAAUUCAUAAUUUUUUUCCACUUGUUUUUUUUUCAUCUUUUUGCUUCGGAGACAAUGGCGUCGUACGUGGACAACAGCUUUCGGCAGGCGGUGAUGCUGAACCCGGCUGAGAGGACGCAACAGGAUUUGGAGAUUGUGUAUUCGUAUUUACACGGCAUGGAGGCCCUGUCCAAUCUAAGAGAACAUCAACUCAGGAUGAUGUGCGAAACCGUGCGUUAUGAACGACACGAAGCAAAUGAAGUUCUUUACUAUCCGGAUGACAUCGGCAGCUGCUGGUACAUCCUGCUCUCGGGCUCCGUGUUCAUCAAAGAGUCCAUGUUCCUGCCCAGAUCCAGUUUUGGAAAGCGUUCCGCCGGGAGCUUACGUCGCGGAUGCGAGUGUAUCGUUCUGGAGCCGUCCGAAAUGAUCGUGGUGGACUAUAUGGAUGAGAAUGAGGAGUAUUUUCAGCGCCAGGCUUCGCAUCGUCAGUCCAGGAGGAGAUUCCGCAAAAUCAACCAGAAGGGUGAAAGGCAGACCAUCAUCGACACGGUGGAGCCGUACCAAGCGGGCAAGCCGGCCAUAACACGCGGAUACCACACAGAAUGCGUUAAACCUCAGCUCCCAGCGGACUUCAGCAGGCUACACCUGGCUGACGGGAUCCACCCGCAGGUGACCCACGUCUCCUCCAGCCUUUCAGGAUGUAGCAUCACUAGUGACUCCGGGAGCAGCAGCCUGUCCGACAUCUACCAGGCCACGGAGAGCGAGCCCGGUGACAUGGACCUGAGCGGACUGCCCGAGACGGCCGUCGACUCCGAAGAGGACGACGAUGAGGAAGACAUCGAACGUGCCUCCGAUCCGCUUAUGAGCCGAGACAUUGUUCGUGAUUGUCUGGAGAAAGACCCCAUGGACCGCACAGAUGAUGACAUCGAGCAACUGCUCGAGUUCAUGCACCAGCUGCCGGCUUUUGCGAACAUGACGAUGUCGGUGAGGAGGGAGUUGUGUGCCGUCAUGGUGUUCGCCGUCGUGGAGCGAGCUGGAACCAUCGUCCUUAACGACGGCGAGGAGCUGGACUCGUGGUCGGUGAUCCUGAACGGCUCGGUGGAAGUGACGUACCCCGACGGUCGCACCGAGAUCCUCUGCAUGGGCAACAGUUUCGGUGUCUCACCCACCAUGGAGAAGGAGUUCAUGAAGGGAGUGAUGAAGACCAAGGUGGACGACUGUCAGUUUGUGUGUAUAGCGCAGCAGGACUACUGCUGCAUCCUGAACCAAGUGGAGAAGAACAUGCAGAAGGUCGAGGAGGAGGGGGAAAUCGUCAUGGUUAAAGAACAUCGGGAGCUCGAUCGCACUGGCACCAGAAAAGGACACAUCGUCAUCAAGGGCACGACCGAGCGCCUGACCAUGCACCUGGUAGAGGAGCACUCAGUGGUGGACCCCACUUAUAUUGAGGACUUCCUGCUUACCUAUCGCACCUUCCUGUCCAGCCCCAUGGUGGUAGGCAGGAAACUGCUGGAAUGGUUCCAUGACCCCAGCCUCAGGGACAAGGUUACACGGGUAGUCUUGCUGUGGGUAAACAAUCACUUCAACGACUUUGAGGGCAACCCCGAAAUGACGCACUUUCUCGAAGAGUUUGAGAACAAUCUGGAGAGGGAGAAAAUGUUUGGGCACUUAAGACUGUUAAACAUAGCUUGCGCCGCCAAAGCCAAGCUGCGAGUGGUAACUCUGACUAAGCCGUCACGCGAGGCUCCUCUGGCCUUCAGCCUGCUCGGUGGCUCAGAGAAGGGCUUUCGUAUCUUCAUUGAGAACGUGGAACCAGGCAGCAAAGCUGCAGAAGCGGGCCUCAAACGUGGAGAUCAGAUCCUGGAGGUAAACGGGCAGAACUUUGAGAAUGUACAGCUGUCCAAAGCAAACGAGAUCCUGCGCAACAAUACACAUCUGUCUAUUACUGUGAAAACUAAUCUCCUGGUGUUUAAAGAGCUGCUGGCUCGACCCGAGCACGAGCAAGAACCUGACCACGAUGAAGAGCUGGACAGGAAGAACGGCGCUCCUCAUAUCCCCAAAAUUGGGGAUAUUAAGAAGGCAAGCCGUUACUCUAUCCCUGAUCUGGCUGUGGAUGUGGAGCAGGUGAUGAGUCUGGAGAAAGCAAGCAAAAAAGCCAAGGCCAACACAGUGGGUGGAAGGAACAAGCUCAAGAAGAUCUUUGAUAAGACACUGACGAGUAUUCUUCCGCCCAAGCCAUACAAUGAUGUUGGUGUUGGCCAGUCGCAGGACGACAGCAUUGUUGGAAUGAAGCAGUCGAAACAGAUCCCUCCUGCUCUCCCGGUCAGCGGAAAUUUAUCGUCCAGUAACCCUGACUUGCUGCAGUCUCACCAUCGGAUUCUCGACUUUAACAACCAGCCAGAACCCGUCCCUAAUAACAUGUCGGACCAGGUGCUGCGUGUCUUUAAAGCUGAUCAGCAGAGUCGUUACAUUAUGAUCAGCAAGGACACUACGGCGAAGGAGGUCGUGGCUCAGGCCAUCCGGGAGUUCGCUCUGACCGCCGCCCCCGAAGCUUAUUCACUGUGCGAGGUGUCCGUCACCCCCGAGGGGGUCAUCAAGCAGCGGCGGCUUCCUGAGCAGCUCUCAAAACUGGCAGACCGAAUCCAGCUCAGCGGGAGGUACUACCUGAAGAGCAACAUGGAGACUGAGACGUUGUGUUCAGACGAGGAUGCCCAGGAGCUUUUGAGAGAGAGUCAGAUCAGCCUGCUGCAGCUAAGCACGGUGGAAGUGGCCACGCAGCUCUCCAUGCGUGCCUUCGAGCUCUUCUGCGCCAUCGAGCCCACAGAGUACAUUGAUGACCUCUUCAAGCUGCGGUCCCGCUCACCUGGACCUUCCAGCCUCAAGCUCUUCGAAGAGUCUAUAAACCGAGAGACCUUCUGGGUGGCCACCGAAGUGCUGAGGGAACCCAACCAGCUAAAGCGAAUGAAGAUCAUCAAGCAUUUCAUCAAGAUCGCCCUGCACUGCCGUGAAUGCAAGAACUUCAACUCCAUGUUUGCCAUCAUCAGUGGUCUCAAUCUGGCACCCGUGUCCAGACUGCGAGGAACUUGGGAGAAACUUCCUAGCAAGUACGAGAAGCUCUUCAGUGACCUACAAGACCUGUUUGACCCAUCCAGAAACAUGGCCAAGUACCGAAACGUUCUCAACAGCCAGAACCUGCAACCACCAAUAAUCCCUCUCUUCCCAGUUAUCAAAAAAGACCUCACUUUCCUCCAUGAAGGCAACGAUUCAAAGGUGGACGGCUUGGUGAACUUUGAGAAGCUGCGCAUGAUUGCUAAAGAGAUCAGACACGUAGGUCGGAUGGCAGCUGUCAACAUGGACCCAGCGCUGAUGUUCCGGACCAGGAAGAAGAAGUGGAGGAGUUUGGGCUCACUGAGCCAGGGCAGUGCCAAUGCAGCUGUACUGGAUGUGACUCAGACAGGUGGGCAUAAGAAGCGUGUGAGGCGGAGUUCCUUCCUAAAUGCCAAGAAGCUCUACGAGGACGCGCAGAUGGCACGCAAGGUCAAGCAGUACCUGUCGAACCUCACGCUGGAGACCAAUGAGGAGAGCCUGCAGACGCUGUCUAUACAGUGUGAACCCUCUAUAAGUACAUUACCGAAGAGCUCAGGGGACAAGAAGCGGCCAGAUACCUCGCCUGUGGUGGCGCGAGCAGCUUUGCACCCACGCCAGCAGCUUCAGAAAUCCAACCAGGCCCUGCAGGUGCCCUCUGUCGCCCUCUAUCCGUCCCGCAAGAAGGUGCCUGUGAAAGACCUGCCGCCAUUUGGCAUGAAUUCUCCACAGUCCCUGAAGAAGAUACUGUCUUUGUCAGAGGAGGCAGCUGAGAGACACAGGAAACUGACAGAUGAUGCUGUGUCUAGCACGUCGUCCCCUCCUACAUCUCCUCGAAGCUCCCCAAAGAAAGGCUUAGGAAGAGCAAGUGAUAACCUGUCCGACUCCGGCCACAGUGAGAUCUCUUCUCGAUCCAGCCUGGUCAGCACUUCCUCCCUGGACAUGGGCCAGGAUGAGCGGCGUCUCCGCUACGCACACGGGGUCAGCGACGGUCACACCGUCGUUCAUGGAGGUCACCGGCUUGAGCGUCGGGCCACAGCUGACCCAGACCAGUACAGUCUUGGCUCGUACUCAUCGGUGCAGGACUGGCGCGGUAUGUAUGCUAACACGGCCAUACCUUCAUCUCCGAGUUCAGAGGAGUUGAGUCAGGAGCAGGGCGACCGUGUGUCCUUGGACGCUGCGGAUUCGGGACGAGGCAGCUGGACUUCCUGCUCUAGCGGCUCACAUGACAGCAUCCAGGCGAUGCAGCAGGGCAGGAGUUGGGAGGCACUGGCUGAGGGGGCGGGGAUGUGGGCCGGACGAGGCAGCUGGGCGUCGACCUCGUCGUGCUCGUCAUCGUCGGCGGCGUGCUGGGGAGACGAGUCCGAGGGAGACACGGGGACAAUCAAGCGGAGAGGCGGGAAAGACGUGGGCACCGACCCUGACACCUGCAGCAUCACUUCUACAGGAUCAGAGGAGUCUAAACAGCAGAGCCGCCGGCCGUCUCCCAUCACCGCCGGCACAACCAAGAGCAGCCUGCCACGUAAAGACGGCCGGUACCGUGAUCCCCCUCCUACUCCCCCCGGCUACACGGCUCUGUCCAUCUCUGAGGUGACGGAGGGGACGACGCACACGUCCAGGAGGCCCCCGGACUACACCACAGCGCUCCAGCGCUCCCGCCUCGUCACCCACUCGCCUAAACCGGGGACCGAGCAUGAGGGCGAGGACGAGGACGAGGAGGAAGAGGUAGAGGAGGAGGGUGAGUGCUUAUCUCCCAAACUCAGAGAUCAGAGGAGGAGAGGGCCACACACAGCAGUGCCCCCCAGGCCAUGAGUCACACACACCACCAUGGCAGGCAGAGGAUGAGCAGGUGUCCGCCGUGUGAGCAGACGCCACUUUCCGUUCGGCUCUUGCUGCAGUGACCGAAGGCCUCGCGAAGCUCGUCAAAGGCAGACGGACAGUCAGAGCAACCAAUCAUCACCUCGAUGCCACUGCCUGUCUCUCUUCUGAUUGGUGGAUUCAUCUCCCUUCUCUGCCUUAAAGCGUCAUGAGGGGUCACCCUGCAUGCUAAAAAAAAAUACUGUGAAGAAAAGACGAGAACGUUCAGAAACGACGAAAUUAUCUGGCACUUUGAAAAAAACAAAACAUGAAUUAUUUAGCUUAAAGUAGUGAAAAAUUAAAGGAGAACACGAACCUGAAUUCAAAACGAACACACAGCGGUGCGACAUUCACACAAAGACACGACUGCCAUUGCCGGUCACAGAUAAAUCGAUUUUCCUCCCUUUCUUCACACAUCCUCACACACUUUUUCUUUUCUCAUCUGCACUUUUUUGGUAUGUUUUCUAAGAACAAAAUGCACAUGGUCUUCUCAGACUUCAUCAUCUCUACUGGAACACACAUUACUACCAGGCGAAAAUGAGAACAUGUAGGGAAGAAAAACUCGACACUCAAACGCUUUAUGAGAAUCGGUGUUCAUCUGUACAAUAUGCGUGUCACUGUUGCAGUAUUAAUUGAGCGUUUGAGGUUGGUGAAUGCUGGAGAAACGGAGCUACACACCGCAAGGAUAAAAUGAAGCACGCUGGCGUGAUUCUGCCAAUUGGGCGCAUCUUUAAGUCUUUUACUACCUACACAGCACCCUGCUUCAAUUCCUAGGGUGCUCUGUCAAUGGAGAGAUUUCCUAAUUUGUGAUUUCGCUUUUGUAAAUGUCAUGGGGAAAUGGCAGGUCCAGACUGAGGGCUGAACUCAUCAGGAUCCUUGAGAUGUGGUCGGUUCGUCUGCUACAGCGCGUUAUAGGAGUAGAACCGAAAACUGCGUGGAUCUCAGAAACGAAUCGGCAAAAGCUAACACACAGGCAAGGCUUUGUAAAUCUCUGAUCAGUCCAUAUCCCAGUCAUCAGUGUCAGUUGUAAAGGACCGUAAAGGUGACACCAAGCACCAGAACCCUAAGGUUAUGAGGGGAACCUAAGAACGUAAGAGGAUAUGAAACCAACACAUAAGCUGGCACCAGGAUUCCAAAGGCAAAGUUAAAAACAAUCCUAGGUUACAGUUUUCAUUCCCGCCCCAUUUGAACCAUUUUGUGUCCUAAAUCAGAGGAGGAAUCUGAUUGAUUCCCAUUUCCCCUGUUUUUUUUUACUCUAGAAUUCCUUACCAAUUUUCUGCAAAUUUACAUGGACAUGGGGAGUAGCUUUGUGCAGGAACCCAAAGACAUGACCUUCAUUCAUUUUAUUUCACUUCAGGAGGUUUUGUUCCUGCCCCAUUCCCUCUUAGGCGAGAAGGCAAGAUAUUUGUCCUAGGCAUUAUGUAAAGAAAACAAAAAAAGAAUAAAAAAAAACGUAGCUGGCUGCAGUAAUUCCGGAGGCAAGUCUUAUCUUAGGGUUUUUAUUCUUGCCCCAUUGCAUGUGAAAGGCAAGAGCUUUUGUUUCAGUCCUGUGUAAAUGAAGUGAGUAGAAUUGACUUCCCCUGACUUGACUUGAAUCCCAGUCAGCUCCCUCCCGUUUGAAUAAUUCUGUACAGUUUUUUUAGGGUACAGAGUUGCUGCAGUAAUCCACUGGCAAAGUUUUUUUCCUGCCCUUUUCCAAACUCUUGGGGAGAAGCCCAGAGCUUUGUUUGAGGGUUCGGUGUAAAUUGAGGGACCCUUUGUCUCCGGCCUUGAAUCCAACUUUCCUUGGGAAUAUUCUUUCUUGCCCCUAUUUUAUCCACUUUUGAAGGGAAAUCCAGACACCAUUCUUCACUUGUACUUAACAUUGUCACUCACUAUUACAAAACAUAUUUAAGUAGAUUUAAGGUUAUAAGGUUGUUAUUCACAUACAGUAAUCCUGUGACUGGGUGUUUCACCCCCCUGCACCAUCCCAUCCCAUCACAUCCCAUUUUAGAUGUAAGUCAAGACCUUUGUUUUAACACUGGUGGUUGAUCCACUCUAUUAUCCAUAGUCAUUCCAAGAAAAAAGGGGGGUUCUGAGGUCAUAAAAUCGUUCUAAUCCACAGUAAUCCUGGCCUUUUUUCCCUGCACUAUCCCACCAUUUGGAAGGAAGGCAAGAACGUAUGUUUAACACUGGUGCUUGAAACCAUUCACUCAUUCCCUUUUGUUGGAAUCUUCACGGGUUGCCCCAGUACCUGAUUAUUGCGACCUAGGGGCAAGUUGGACGAAAUGCCAUGAGUUGCCUAUCAGAGUGGACUAUAGGCUGAAAAACUCUGGAAUCGAUCAGACCAUUUUUAGCGGGUCAAUCUCUCGUACGAAGUCUCUAAACAAACUUGUUUUACUGUUUGAAAUCGAUCUGACGGAUUUAUACCAAGAGUGUACCGUGGGUGACCGGUCUGAACCGCUUUAAACCGACUACCUGUGGUAUAUAGAGACCACCAUCAAGAUAAAAAAAAAAACAAAAAAAUGUCCAGCCAGUGAAGCUCCCACUUGACUGGGCGCUCCUUCCAUUCUGAUGCGGUCUUUGAGGUGCUACGUAGGUUUUAUGAGGACUUUAACAUACUUGUGCCACCCUGCACACAAAGAAGGGAUCUGGAUCAGUGCUCAAGGACUUAUAAACAUGUUUCGGAGACUCCGGUGGUGAAGUAACGAGUACCGGGCCGAAGGCUGCCAAGUCGAACUCAACCGGUGAGAAGUCACGUUUUAUCGUUUAUUUUAAAUCACUGAGUUAAGCUGAUCACAUUGAUCAGUAGUUUAGGACUGAUAUUCUUUGAGCAAGGGUGAGGGAAAAAAAAUAAAAGAUUGCAGUGUUUUCCACUGUACCCUGUAAUAUUAAUCACGUCGACAUUUCUUUCUCUUCUUGCUGUAAUUUUUUUCUUUGUUUUUUUGUAAUGGUUGCCGUCGUUAAACAAAACAAACAAAAAAAAAAGAUCACAUUUGUAAAACAGUGGUUAUAUAAAGCAUUCACCUCCAUUUGAAUUUUUGGAACUUGUCAUGCUUUUCUCCGGCGAGCCGAGUGGAGUCCUCUAUUGAAACAAAAAAACAAAAAAACACAAAAAAAGUUGCACAAACUGUACAAGCAUAAGAUAAAUCGUAGUAGUUAGCACUGCUACUCUGUUCAAUGUGUGAUGUCAAGUGAGAAGUGUACAUUUAGCUGGUGAAGAUUCUCUCAUUUUUGACUACUUUUACCUGUACGUCUUUUACAAAGACAAUUGGUGGAGUAUGUAUCGGUUGUUUUUUUUUUUUUUUUUUUUUUCUUUUCUUUUUGUUUUUGUAUUUUUAAUACAAUAAUUGUAAAUAUUGGUUAUAUUUUUGUUGAACUGUAGAAAUGUACUAUGUUUAUGCCUCAACAUCCAGUUUAUAUGAAGCUGGAAAUCAAUAAAUGCGAGCAAAAGAAAUCGACUUGUAGGUUUCAAAUGCACUUUUUUGUUGUUUUUUCUUCUCCCCGUCAACGCAUUCUCUUUGGAAAAUUGUUACUUUAAAUGGCACCGUCUAAUGUUUGCACAAGAUGAGACGUAAGAUAUAAACUUGAAAUGUGUAUCUGAUGUUUUUUUGUUUGUUUGUUUUUUUGUUUUUUUUUACUGACAUCUGUCAGAAUGAAUAAAAAGACACUGAUGCCUA